GGUAUCAUCACUAGUUGUCAAAUGUCAUCACAUUCAAAUGUCAUCAUUGAGCAAAUAUUUAGUAUAGUGGAUUAAGAUAUAUUUAAAUACCCAAUUUGUGGUAUCUCAAUUUAUUAAUACCUAUUUAAAAAGCUAAACGCAAUGCCUUUACCGCCGGCAUUAGCUGCACGUCUUGCCAAAAGAGGAUUAUUAAAACCAACAACCGAAGUCAACGAUGUACCCGUCCCGCAAGUUAACGAAGAGAUUAUAGCAGAGGACUACGACAACAAGCCAGAAGAACAAAAUAAUGAAAAAUUCUGGGAAGGAAUAGAAGGCGUUAAUGUUGAUCCCAUUAAAGGUCACAAAGGUUGUCCCAACAAAAGCAACAUAUACCAUGAGUGCUCCAAAUAUUGCGUUAAACGCUGGAAACAAGGUCAUGUGCCAGAUGAAGAAUAUUUGGAAAUAAAACGCAAAGUUUUAGAAUUGUGGCCUCUUCCGCCUGGAUGGGAGGAAGUUUAUGAUGAGGGAUAUGGACAACAUUACUUCUGGAACAUUCAUAAUAAUUUAGUUACAUGGUUUCCACCGGCACAUUCUCGCGCGGUGCCCACUGAAAGUGCAGCUCACUUGCGUGAAGAGCGUUUAAUGAAAGAAGGUGAUGAGAGUGAUGACAGUAGUGAAGCAUCUGAUCAGGAAGUUCCACAACAAAACCACAAGGAAAAGCGACGGGACAGAAAAGAAAAGGAUAAAGACAUGGUACAUCACAGAGAUAAGAAACGGCCAAGGGUCAAGGACAAUGAUUUAGAUCCAAUGGACCCGGCUGCAUAUUCUGAUGUCCCUAGGGGCAAUUGGACUUCAGGCCUUGACACACAUGCUAAGACCGGAGUGGACACAACUGCUUCAGGGUCCUUGUACCAAAUGCGCCCCUACCCAACGCCUGGAGCCAUUUUAGCAGCAAAUGCUAAACAACAUUCACCCCCAUUGUCACCUUAGAUAAAUAAUUUCAUUCUAUAUUGAUUGUAAUAUUAUUUGUAUUAUUUCUAAAUAAUGUAAAAAAAUCCAUAUACUUUAUCAACACCUUAGUGUCAGUGUCAUCUUAAUGUCUGGUGAAAAUAGUCACUCAAGUUAACAGAAAUUCACAUAAAGCUCAAUGUUGGUAUGAUUGUUGGAAAAACCUCAAUAAACAAUAUAUGCAUGCACAAAAAAAUUAUGGUCAAAGUUCAUAAGUAUGGGUUUCUUGCAUUAUUAAAAACUACAUUUAAUCAUAAAAAUAGAUUAGACAAAAUUAAUUGUUCCACACACUAUCGCCAUGUCUAAGGCGAUAGUGUGUGGAACAAUUCAGACAUGGCGAUAGUUAAAAUAUUCCUAUGAAUAUUUUAACAAAAUUAUUUCCAUCUAACUCAAUACAUGAUUAAAGCCUUUUUUUAGUUUAUAUACUAUAUCUUAGAAAGAAGUGUAAGAACAAUUUUUAUAGAUAUUUAAAAUUCUACAGUUUUGUCUAAAUAAUUUUUAUGAUAAAAUAUUUUUGUGGAAAAAUAAAAAAAAACAUAGGUACCUAAAAACUUUUUUUUGACCAUGAAAAUUUUUUUGCAUGUUAUGCAGAAUCGAUGGGGAAUUUUCAGUUUGUUUUAAUGGUGUUCCCAACAUUUGUACAUUAUUCUGUUUCGAGCUAACCUGAAUAAGAAAACAAAUCAAACAUCUUGAAUAUCCUUGAAUAUUCAUAGUGAGGUGACUUGGUAAGUGACCAUGUUGUUUGUUUCAUGAAAAUGUCUGAAUACUUAUGUAAUGUAAUUUAACUAUUUCAUACACAUCUAAAUAUAUUUAGUAAUUACUUGUAAAAUGUCUUAUUGAUAAAAUUUAAGAAUUAAGUACUACAAAAUAUGCAAUAAAGAUAAUUAAAACUGCUUAGAUAUUUGUACUGAUCUCCUAUAAAGGUAUUUAAAAAAUGGGCACAGAAUUAUUGUAGUAUAUCUAGUUAUUCGACUAUUAUCGGCGGGGACUGGCGGGUCAUAUGUUCAAUAGGGAAAUUAUAUUGUAUGGCUGGAGCCUUAAUUCCUUUGAAUGAAUAUUGUCGCCAAAUAAAUAUAUACUUAAUGUAUAAUACUAGGUGUUGCUCGAUGCUUUAUCCGUGAAAAGUCAGUCUCGUUGUAAGUCCCCAAGAAACUGUAGCGAUCCAUAGCGGGAUGUGCACGCCAGCGCCACCUAUUUAAAGAAUCAAAAUAACAAAUUGUAAUAUUUAUUUAUUUAUA